AUGGAAGACCAAAAAGAGGAGCAAGCAGAACCAGUUAGUCCUAUGGGACAAUACUUUAACAGCUCUGCAAUAUGCAUAUAUAUUAUUGCAGUAUUAGAAUUUGAAGUUCCCUUAGACGACUUGCAAACCUUGGCUCUUCUUAAAGAUGUUUUCCUUCCCAUCAAUCCACGCUUCUCCUCUGUCAUGGUCCCAGAAAAAAGUGGAGAGAAACGAUGGAAGAAAGUUGAUGUAAACCUGAAAGACCAUGUCAACAUCCCCAUAUUCCCUGAAGGCAAAACAGUGGAAUCAUAUGACAAGUGUUUUCAUGAUUAUUUGUCAAGCAUAGCUAUAGAGCAACUACCACAAGGAAGACCAUUAUGGGAAAUUCACAUAGUCAAUUACCCUACAAGUGAUGCAUCUGGCAGUGUAAUAUUUAAGCUUCACCAUGCACUUGGAGAUGGUUAUUCUCUCAUGGGUGCACUUCUUUCUUGUCUACAAAGAGCUGAUGAUCCUUCCCUUCCCUUGUCUUUUCCUUCUCUCAAAUCAUCAAAACAAGAAUCUUCCACCAAAAGCUUUUAUAGAAGAUUUUCUUGGAUGUUGUCCUCAGCCUUCAAUACUGUCUCAGAUUUUGGAUGGAGUGUAUUGAAGAGUAGCAUCAUUAAUGAUGAUAAAACACCAAUAAGGUCUGGAGAUGAAGGAGCCGAGUUUCAUCCAAUUUCCAUAUCAAGCAUGGCAUUCUCCGUUGACCGAAUCAAGGACAUCAAAACCAGGCUUGGAGUGACUAUAAACGAUGUGGUCACUGGAAUAGUCUUCUAUGGGACUCGGUUAUAUAUGCAAGAUAUGGACUCAAAAUCAAAGACAGCAAACUCCACCGCAUUGGUAUUACUCAAUACGAGAAACAUUGAAGGUUACCAGUCAAUCAAUGACAUGCUAAAUACUAAAUCAAAGGGUCCUUGGGGGAAUAAAAUUUCCUUCUUGCAUAUACCUAUACCGAAAUUAAAUGGAAGCAGAAUUUCAAGCCCUCUAGAAUUUAUUUGGGAAGCACAUAAUAUAAUCAAGAGAAAGAAACAAUCUUUAGCUGUUGCACUCACAGGGACACUUUUGGACAUGGAGAGCAAAUUCAGAGGACAAGAGGCAGUAGCUAAACACAUUCGUGGUACAAUAGCCAAGUCAAGUGCAGUGAUUUCAAACUUGGUUGGACCUGUACAACAAAUGUCUUUAGCUAAUCAUCCAGUUAAAGGCUUCUACUUCACUUUGGCUGGUGGACCUGAGAGUCUUGUCAUUUCAAUUAUGAGCUAUAUGGGAACGCUAAGAGUUGCCCUCAAAACGGAAAAAGAUUUCAUAGACGAACAGAAAUUGAAGUCAUGCAUGCAAAGUGCAUUUGAGAUUAUACUCAAAGCAGCUAUGGAAAUUCCUCACGAAACCAAACAUUAA